CCCGCCAUCGGAUUCCUCCUCCCGACACAUUUCCUCCCGAAAGGAAACAUGACACGAAGACAGCGUUUUCUCUCCAAGCGGCGUCUUCGUGCGUAAAAGCGGCCACUUGGAGGAGACGCGCAAAAACCCGACGGAACUGUGACAACUGCGCCAGGAAACGUUUUACCGGGGACGAAAAGCUGCACACAAAAGCCGAUUUCACACGAUGCUCCAAAAAGGAGGAAAAACUCCAGUCUGGGCUCAGUUUUCCACAACGGAAAUGAGAUCAGUCCCCUCGCUUGGCGCCGCUUCUCCUUAAAAACAUGGUCGCGUUAAGUCCAGCCGAAGCCGGGAUCUGAUUCCGUUUGACCGGUGAACACAUCUGAAUGAAGAUGUUCGCCGGACUGAUGGGGCUGGACUGUCACAACAGCUCUCCGCUUCAAGUCUCUGAAGGUGGCCGAGCGUCGGGGACAGCUGGAGGCGCCGGCCGUAAGAGACUCCACCGACGACCAGGGUACAUGAGGGGAGAGCAGUCCAGACUGCAGAGCACCGCUAAUGGACAGCAGGAUGAGGAGGAGGAGGAGGAGGAGGAGGACGGGAGGACCACUUUUAUUAGGAACGGAAAACCUGGACGUCACUGUGACGCCGCUGCUGCCAAAGUGCCUUUAAUGAAUCUGCAGCAGGCAGAUAAACUGGCUUGUAGCUCCUGUAAGAUUCAGAGCUUCCUGGGUUCCGUUGCACAUCCUGUUCCCGCUGUGAACUGCAGUCCCGUCGGCAGUAAAUCUCUAGAUGAGCGGGCCUCGCCGGAGGGAUCCUUCAACUCCAGCUUCAGCUUCAUCCGACAGUCCCUAACAGACACAACCGCUGCACAAGAUCAGGACAAAGAACCACUGAGUGUAUCGACUAGAGCACCUUACACACUUCAAACAAAAGCAGAACCACUCUCCACUCGGCACAGCCACUCAAAGCAGUCGACCACUGUCCGUCCGGCGGCCGCUCCCAGCGCGGGGAGCCGGCCGGAGAAAGAGGAGCGGUCUCUAAGCGGGACGUUUUGGCGGGAAAAUCCGUGGGGUGGUAAGGAGGAAACGCCUCACCUGCCUGACUGCGACUCCCGGUCUGUGGACAUAGAGGUCACUUCCUCGCUGUCGGUGGACUCGGACACGGCCUCCGCCUCCUCCGUGACCUCGGGAUACGAGAGCGCCACGCCGGCCUCCGAGCAAGGCUGGGACAACCUGCUGAAGAAGUACGAGGGCGUGCUUCAAGACUGCCUCCAGAACAACCGCACUCACACCACGAUCGAGUCCAUGAUGUUGAAGCUGCAGAGGCUCCAGCAGAAAGCCAUCCUGGAUGACGACUAUGAUGCAGCGGAGCGUUUUGGGAAGAAGCUGGAGGAGCUGUGCAGGGAGCGAGGAGCUCUGAAGCUGGGUUUGCCCUCCAGGCAGCCUGGCGUUGCCCUCUUCUUAGAGCGGCUCAGACAGGUGGUCCACGGCGCCCUCCAGAGGGCAGAAUCCAGUCAGCGCAGGGAGGGAGCAGAGCUGCUGGCAGGGGAGCGAUGUGACUCACUGCAGGGUGCAACGCAACGAAAAGAUGGCCUGAUCCAAGAGAAACGGCUUGUGGAGGAGGAGAUCUCGGAGCUGCAGCGGAGGCUGGCGGAGCUGAAGGAGCGCAGCCGCUGCCUGGAGCAGCGGAUCCAGCAGGAGGAGCAGCAGGUGGAGGCGGAGGAGCUGGAGAGCUCCGUGCUGCGGAGCUGCACCGUGGCUCAGCUCCGGCUCAUGAGCCGCACGCUGCGGGACCUGGUCACGUCUGAGAACCGCUCGCAGAUCUCCGUCGCGCCCCCGCCCUCCAUGCUCAGACUCCAGGAGCAGGAACAGGCAUUAAAUCUGUCCAUCAAGGAAGCUACUGCAAAAGUGGUCAUGAGUCAGAGGCUGGGCAGCAGCCUGAGGAGGAAAGUCAGCGAGACCGAGACGCAGCUUUUGGCGCUGCAUGAAGCCAAACUGGCGGCGAUCUCAGGUAAUGACUUCGGCAGCGCCAAGGAGCUGAAGGCUGAGAUGAAGGCGGUGUACCUGGAGCGGGACCGGCUGGAGGCUCUGGCCAAGAGGCUGCACAGCCUCAGCUCGGGGAGCAGCCAGGAGCUGGCCAGGAUGAAGGAGCAGCGGCAGCAGCUCAGGCAGGAGCUGGAGGACCGGGAGGCCCAGCAUGAAAGCAAGCUGAAAGAGAACACGAGCAAGUAUAUGGAGCUGUUGGAGGACAGAAUGCACAGUAGUAGCUGUCCGGGUCUGGAGCGGAUCUGGGAGGCGGAUCUGGAGGCCUGUCACCUGUUCCUGCGAGGUCUCCAGCUCCGGACGUCCAGCUGCAGCGGGGCGGACGCCGAAGACCUCCCUGCUGCCAACUACCUUCCAACCCAGCCCGGCACCAAGGAGGAGGAAGACUGUGCCAUGCUGACUGCUUUAGGAGGACGCUGGUGUCCCGAGGCCGACCUGCAGAACUCAGAGUUCACCAAGAAGCUGGAGGAGUUUUUGUUCUGCAUGGAGGACAGUCACCCAGAGGAUGGAUGCAGUGAGGCUGAAGCUACAGACCUGACGGAGCGCUGUGAACUGAUUAGUGACAGGCUAAUGACCUUAGAGGAGGAACUGCAGACCGCCAUACUGAGCCGGGAUCAGGCCCUCACUCAGUCUCUAGAGAAGGAAGUUCAGGAAGUAAAAUCCACUCUACAAACAAUGCUCGCUCAGCUCAGACUGGAGGGUGAGGAGGAGGAGGAGGAGGAAGAGGAAGAGGAGUUGAACGACCUCACGACAAAUGGGACUGAGGAAGAGGAAGAGGAAGAGGAAGAGGACCAGUACUUCAGUGACAGCUGGGACAUUUGAAAUGGAUGCCUGUAGUGGUUUUAUGAGCACUCGUGCGCAGACCGGCUCUCUGAGAGUCUGACCCCGGCUUUGCAGUAGAAGUGACCCCGUAUCCAUUUACUGUAAAGCCUCACUCAGUGCUGCGCAGCCCGCCACUGUGGUACCGCUGAAAGUUUCCACUACAAAGCCCAAGAACGUCUCCGUCACAUUUCAGCCACCGACGAAUGAAAAAUGAAGGGUUUUGGCUAUAGAUGCAACAUACAGGGGCUGGUCUUUCAUCUCUUGUAAGUUUUUAAACUCGAGCCCGCCGGCGAAGACACACUUUGGUCUACAGAGUCAAGAUGAUAUGUUUCUUGGGAUAUAGACUUUCAUGUCGUGUUUUGCUGUGCAAUUACAUGACUGUUACUUUUCAGCUUUCACUGUAUAAACAUGAGUUUUGGCAUUUUUUUUUUAAGUUUUCAGCCUUAAAGGUACAAUAUGUAAAAUAUGCUGUGGGAUCUUGUUACAUGGGCUCUGUAAGGUCAACAUUCACCGUGGCGUUCAGUCUUGGUCGGUUGCUGUUGGAAAGACGUGACGCUACUCUGGUGUUCACUGCGUCGUCUUUCUCUGUCAAAUGAGGCUAACUUGACAAAAUAUACCAGCACACCAUUCAUAUUGAUCAUAUUCUUUCUGCCUGUUUUUGAAUUUUUUUAAGCUGUUACAUAUUGUACCUUUAAAACAAAACAUUAACUUUUUUAAUGGAAGUCCUAGUUGUAGGAUUUUGGGGAUGGACCAAAAGGACAAUCUUAAGAUUAAUGAACUGGGAACAGUUUUGCACAUAAACUAAAAAGCAUCGAUUCCUGUGUGAUUUCAUUUUGACUAGACUACAGUCAUGUCAUAACUCAUUUGUGGUGCUACAGAAUGUGAGCUAACUUAAACACUUUAUUGUCUUUGUGUGGAAAAUGCAAUAUUUAGGUUGACUCGUUUUUUUUGCUAACUUGAAGCUGUGCGUACCUGCAGACCUGCUCCAACAUUUGAAUUUAGUCAAACUGCAUCUUAAAAUUCUAUUCAAUUGGGAAAACAUGAAGGAGGAACUCUGAGUGGGCACAUAAAGUAUUUGCAAUUUCUGUUUAUUUUAUUGUUUUUCCACUGCCUGCUACUGAUUGUGUGGGAUUUUUUUUUUUUUUUUUAAUAUUUUAUUUCAGAAUAUGCUUUCAAGGGUGUCACUUGACUUCAUGCCAGAAGCAUAAUUGUACUUUCACCCAAUAAUCAGUUUUUUAAUUUACUGUGCAGCUUGAACUCGCUGUAUCAUUUCCCCUAUUUAUUCCUUACAGCGUCACACUAAUUACAGCAUGUACCAUUCAACCUAA